UCCCAGCUUCCGGGGUAAACGGAAUACGGCAUAAAUGAGCAGUCAGUCUUAUUAUUUGUUCUCUAGUUUGAAAUAUUUACGUCGUAUAAAAUACAUCUUUGAUUCUUUAUUUAAGGAUAAAAUCGUCUCGAUGCGCUAGAAGCACUGUGCCGCUUCCCUGCUAUCUUUGCUUGUUAGUUAGCUUAGCUCGCUAGUUAGCUUAGCUUGUUAGCUGCUAACAGAAGACACAGAAGUUAUCAACACAUCGCUAAGUAGAGAUCAAGUGUGAGAGUAAAGUGUUGUGAUUGUGUGAAAAUGUCUACAUUACAAAUGUUGAGAGCGUUGGUGGAUCUGCGACUAACUGCUGCCGCUGAAGAAAUAUUUGUAGUGUUAGAAAGAACGAUAGCAGAAUACGAGGCGGAACUUUCUAGAACAAAAGAGGAGAAUAAUCAACUACUGGACGCUGUUUUCAAGAAACAUCGAGUUGUGUUACACAGAACAGACGUCGAUGAUGAGCAGGAGGAAGAACCACCACUCUUCUGCAUAAACAAUGAAGAGGAGGUACCACAUCCCCCAAACAUUAACAAUGAAGAGGAGGUACCACAGCCCCAAUAUAUUAAAGAAGAAGAAGAGGAACACAACAUCAGUCAGGAGGGCGAGCAUAUUGAAGGACUGGUGGGGUUCCCAGUGACUGGUGUCCCUGUGAAGAGUGAAGACGAUGAGGUCGAAGGUGAAAGUGAGGAGAAGAGAGAGGCGGAGCCUCCAAGCAGCAGCUCAACACAACACAUGACAACAGAAGCUGAUGGAGACCACUGUGGAGGAUCACAAGCAGACCAGCUCGUAGCUCCACUAUCAGAUAGUGAGGACACAAUGUCACACUCUCCUGACACUGAUGAUGAAGACUCUACAGAUGAUAAGACAUGGGACCCUGACAACACUCACUUGAAAUGUUCUCACUGUGACAAAAGUUUUGGCCUCAAAAAGUCUCUAAAUAGACACAUGAAAAAUCACACUGGAGAGAAACCAUUUCUGUGCUUGGCGUGUAAUCAAGUAUUCAGCAUAAAAGCAGACCUGAUAAAACACGCAAGAAUACACACUCAAGAGAAACCUUUUUGUUGUUCAGUGUGUGACGAAUCUUUCACACGGAGUGAAAGUUUGAAAAGACACAUGAGAAGACACCCUGGAGUGAAACGAUUUUUCUGUUCGGUGUGUGGGGCAGGUUUCGUUAAAAAGGACAGUUUGAAUAAACAUAUGACAACACACACGGGAGAAAAACCGUUUCCCUGCGCAACCUGUGGCAUGUGUUUUUCAAGGAAGGACCGAUUGAAAGAGCACACAAGAAGACACACCGGAGAAAAACCUUUUCCCUGCUCAAUCUGUGGUUUAUGUUUUUUCAGGAGGGACCGAUUGAAAGAGCACACAAGAACGCACACUGGAGAAAAACCUUUUUCCUGUUCUGUGUGUAAUUCAAAUUUUGGCCGAGGUGAUUAUUUGAAAAACCACAUGAGAAUGCACACUGGAGAAAAACCUUUCUCCUGUACAACCUGUGGUUUAUGUUUUACAAGGAAGAGCAGUUUGAAUCAUCACACGAGAAUACACACUGGGGGGAAAGUGUUGAGUUGCAGUGUGUGUGAUAAAAAAUUCUCUCAUGAGUACCAACUCAGCAAACACAAGUGUGCUGGUGAGAACAGCGGCAGUAAAAUAGAAAAGCGCUCCGCAGACCUCCACCAGGAUCCGGAUGUUGAUCAGGACCAACACCGAAAUAUCUCGACCUCCCGCUUGGACACGGACCUUCUUCGCCCCGCUAUAGCGCCCCGACUUCCUGCCUGCUCACGGACCUCCGAGCUCUGCCUUGUCCCUCCUGAUCUUCCGCCUCUCGCUCAACACUACCGGUCACACUCAACAGCUAAUCUCCACACAUAGUCACACACCAUACACACUUUGGAUCUAGUCACACUCCAUUCUCUCGUUCAUUUUGAUUAUUGCUUGUUAUUAUAUACGUAUAUAGUCUGUGUAUAUAUAUAUAUAUAAUACAUCAUAGAGUUAAAUACUACGCCCCCUUGUGGUCUGUGCCGUAUACUCCCCCGUACACAACACUUUUGUACGAUAGACAUUUUUGUUUGUACUAGCAAUUUUAAACCAGCGCUGUAUCCUUUGCAUGUGACCUUGUAGAAUAAGAUAUCUGUUUUUCAUGAAUAAUGCUCUGAAUCUUUGAGACAGCACACCUGUUCCAAGUUGCCAGUCAGGCUUCUUUUUAUGCCAGCCCCGCCCUUUUGUCAGUGCUGGAUCAUUGCUUGCCCUUGCUUAGUGAUCGUUGUUUCGCUUGUGCUUGUAAUGGCAAGUUUCCUAUACACUUCCCAGCUGCACUAUUUCUACCUUGUUUUUAAGUAUUGACUUUGUUGACGUAAAGUAAAGUGAACCACCGCACGUAACCAUAACAAUGUACAGUAUUAACCUUAGAGACUGGACUUCUACGGUAUCUCCUUCCAGCUGUUUCUUUGUCAUACACACCAUCAGCAGCUUGUACAUACUUUCAUGGAUACGUGUUUGCCUUUUAGACGUUGUUUUAACAUUAUCUGCUAUGUCAGGACAAUAAAACUUGUAAUGUUGUGUUCGUAAGUCUUGAGUAAGAUGAUAAAAGUGAUAUUAGACAAUCAGACACUGUUAUUAUGCUAAUAGGCUAUGUUAUUCUUAAAUGAUCUAUUAAAUUUAAUUUCAUGGCAAGCAUAUAUAUAUAUAUACAUACUAGGGGUGUGGGAAACAAUCGAUUCGAAUUCGAAUCGCGAUUCUCACGCUGUGCGAUUCAGAAUCGAUUCUCAUUUUUAAAAAAUCGAUUGUUUUAUUUUUUAUUAUUUAUAAUUUUUAUUUUAUUUUAUUUUAUUUUUUAA